AUGUUUACUUUUACGCCAUUAGUUGGUGCCCAGUCAUCAACAUCCAGAGCAUCCCAAUCCAUUUUGGAGCUUGAUGGAGGUAUCAAGAUAUUGGUUGACGUCGGCUGGGACGAUACCUUCGACACUCGCGACCUAGCAGAACUCGAGAAACACAUUCCCACCUUGUCACUUGUCCUUUUGACCCACGCUACACCAUCGCACAUUGGCGCCUUUGUUCACUGCUGUCGCACAUUUCCUCUCUUUACUCAAAUCCCCAUUUACGCAACGAGCCCCGUCAUAUCACUCGGCCGCACCAGCCUGCAAGACCUAUACUCAUCGGCACCGCUUGCAGCGACUUUCCUUCCUUCAGCUUCCGUCUCAGAACCCGGCGCGUCGGCAUCUGCUGUACCCUCAUUAGGCGACAAUACAGCCAAUGCAGCCAAUUUAGAAAGCAAUGGAGGCACCGGCCGGAUCCUCCUCCAGCCUCCGACCACCGAAGAAAUUGCUCGAUAUUUCUCACUUAUUCAACCCCUCAAAUACUCGCAACCUCAUCAACCUCUGCCUUCUCCUUUCUCGCCUCCCCUGGACGGCCUCACGUUAACUGCUUAUAAUGCCGGACACACCGUUGGUGGAACUAUCUGGCAUAUUCAACAUGGGAUGGAGUCUAUUGUCUACGCCGUGGAUUGGAACCAAGCCCGUGAGAGUGUUGUAGCAGGUGCUGCGUGGUUCGGAGGCGCCGGGGCUAGUGGAGCAGAGGUCAUUGAGCAAUUGCGCAAGCCAACAGCGCUCAUCUGCAGCACAAAAGGAGCCGACAAGUUUGCAGUGUCCGGAGGCCGGAAAAAGAGAGAUGAUCUUCUUCUAGACAUGAUCCGUAGUAGUCUCGCGAAGGGCGGCACUGUUCUCAUCCCUACUGAUACAAGUGCAAGAGUUCUAGAGCUGGCAUAUGCUUUAGAGCACGCUUGGCGAGAUGCGGCAUCGGAUGAGAAAGAAGAUGUACUCAAGGGCGCAGGCCUAUACCUUGCUGGUCGCAAGGUGAAUACUACCAUGCGUUUGGCAAGAAGUAUGCUCGAAUGGAUGGAUGAGAACAUCGUUCGUGAAUUCGAAGCCGCUGAAGGAGCCGAUGGCGCCGCCCAGGGUGCCUCUGGGCAGACGCAAAGUAAAACCGGUAAGAGUGGCGGUGGCCCGUUCACUUUUAAGCAUCUCAAGACCAUCGAGCGCAAGAAGCGUCUAGAAAAGCUUUUUGCGGAGGAAGGCCCUAAAGUCAUUCUUGCCUCUGAUGUCUCGAUGGCGUGGGGUUUCUCGAAAGACUCGUUGAAGCGAGUUGCCGAGGAUCCCAACAAUCUGAUCUUAUUAACCGAAUCAUUCCGUCCCAAGGCAGCAGAGCGGGAAGGGGAAGGUCCAGAGAUGAAUUCUUUAGGCGGUACACUCUGGCAGUGGUACGAGGAACGUCAAGACGGCGUGGCGCUAGAAACAGCAUCAGACGGUGAACUGCUGGAGCAAGUCCACAGCGGAGGGCGAGAGCUGAGCUGGACAGAUGUUCAACGAGCGCCCCUGGAUGCUGGCGACCAACUGCUUUAUCAGCAGUACCUCGCCACCAAACGUCAGCUACAAGAUACUUCUCAAGUCCGGGGAGGGCAGGAAAGUCUCGAGACAGGAGCAGAUGUGCUUGAUGAUGGAUCUAGCUCUACAUCCUCUGAAGACUCCAACCCUGAGCAACAAGGUCGAAUCCUUAACUUUUCCGCCUCCUUGGCACACUCAAAUCGAAAUAAGCUCGCCCUUAGUGACCAAGAUUUGGGCGUCAAUAUUUUGCUACGACGAAAGAAUGUUUUUGAUUACGAUGUACGCGGCAAGAAGGGACGAGAGAGAAUGUUCCCAUACGUAGCCCCGAGGAAGAAGGGCGACGAAUACGGAGAGUUCAUUCGUCCCGAAGAGUACCUACGAGCCGAAGAGCGUGAAGAAAUCGACAUGCAGCAACGAAGGUCUGAGGCACAGACUCAACUCGGACAGAAACGACGGUGGGAUGAUACUUCUGGCCGCAGACUUUCCGGAGGCUCAAGUGGCCGCAAGCGUCAGCAAUUAACCAAGGACGGGCAGAGGAUCGAGUCUGGACAUGAUGCCUUAAGCAUUGCUUCUGACGAUGAAGCGGCGGAUGCUGCGGCAUCUUCCGACGACGAGUCAGAUGGCCAAGACUUUGAGGGCCCUGCCAAGGCUGUCUACAAGAAGGAAUCGAUCAUCAUCAACGCUCGAAUUGCCUUUGUUGAUUGCAUGGGAUUGCACGAUAAGCGUAGUCUCGAAAUGCUUAUCCCGCUUAUUCAACCUCAGAAGCUCAUUCUUAUUGGCGGAUUAAGGAAGGAAACCACAGCCCUGGCAGCUGAGUGCAAGAAGCUUCUAUCCGUGAAAGAGGGUGAUAUCACGAAAGACGCGGAUGCUAUCAUCUUCACCCCGAAUAAUGGUGAGACCAUCGAUGCAAGCGUUGAUACGAAUGCCUGGAUGGUUAAACUGAGCAAUAACCUGGUCCGGCGCUUGAACUGGCAACAUGUACGUAGCCUUGGUGUCGUGGCUCUAACCGCACAGCUGCGGGGCCCUGAGCCCCCACAAGAGGAGGCAGAAGCUGCACCCGAAGCCAGCGGCAAAAAGUUGAAGGUAGACGCCGAACAGGCACCUCCUUCUGCUGUUGUGCCGAUCAUGGACAAUGCGCUUCAACAAAAGCCCUCGGAGAAAUCCGAGCUUCUCCCUCUGCUCGACACAUUACCGGCUAGCAUGGCUGCUGGCACUCGAUCUGUGGCUCGCCCACUGCACGUCGGUGAUCUGCGACUUGCUGAUCUUCGCAAAAUCAUGCAAGCAGCUGGACACACAGCCGAGUUCCGCGGCGAAGGAACUCUCCUUAUUGACAAAUCUGUGGCUGUCCGGAAAUCCGGCACGGGCAGAAUUGAGAUCGAGGCAGCAGCACAGUCCGCGGCGAACCAGGCUGGCUUGGGCCGCGGAGCAGGCAGCUUCCUUGCCGUAAAGAAGAAGAUCUAUGAAGGCUUGGCUGUUGUGGCCGGGAAUUAA